AUGGCAGAAUCACCAGAUAGCCAGAUCAUCGAUCCUAUCUUCGACAACUAUGCCCAAAAGUCGGGGGAACUGUCAAGCGGAAAUAUGAACCAUAUGCCCGUCUUGGAGUUCUCCCCACCGGAUAGCCCAGUUGCCAAGCAUAUUUCUGGCGAUCAAACUCGAUACCCGAGAAAGGAAUCACCAGCAUUCAAGACCAGCGAUGGGCCGAAUGGAGCUCGAGGGGCGAUAUUCAAGGCCGGCACAAAGGCGGCGCUCUUUCCCUGUGGAGUCUCCCUAGCCGCAUCAUGGAACAAGGAUCUUCUCUUCCAGGUACUGUUGGCACCAACAGUACCGGUACCGGUAUGCUUACAUCGCGGACCCCUUGGAGGACGGAACUUUGAAUCCUUCUCGGAAGAUCCAUUUUUGGACGGGAAGCUGGCUGCUUCAUACAUCAAUGGACUCCAAGGGGGAGGAACAGCGGCCACGAUCAAGCACUUCGUUGCUAAUGAGCAAGAGACUGAGAGGCUCAAGAUUGAUUCUAUUAUUUAUACACGAGCAACAUCCUUCGAGGAGAGAGGAGAUAUGAAGGGUAGAUAUACUAUCCUAGAAGUACCCGAGGUCAUUUGUGACUGGGGAGGAACCAACUGUUUCGUCGAAUCCAUCGAGCACGGAUGUGACAUUGCAAUACUCUGUGUCGACUCUAUGGCGUGGCGAGAAAACCUCGAGGCCGCUGCAGCAAAUAUCCUACGCCUGGUGGAACGAACGAAGGGUGGUGAUAUGUCAGCAGAAGCGUUAGAACGUGAUGAUGAUCGGGAGGAGACACGCCUACUGAUCAGAAAUGCAGGAGUCGAAGAACGAAGGAGGACUAUUGCCUAUCAAGCUAUCUCAAGAAUCGCUGUCACUGGACUGAACGCUACCCGAGCCAUCGCCGGGGGUGGAGGAAGUGCUUUUCUCAACCCAUACUACAUCACCCUUCCUCUGGAUAGUAUCAGAGCGGUCGCAGAGCAAAAUGUAUCUUUUGCUAUUGGAUGCCAAACAUACAAAUGGUUGCCGCUGGCAGCUGAAUACUGCGCAACAGCUGUGGGUGAUCCAGGUGUUACACUGGAAUUCUUCUUGGGGGAUGAGUUUGAUGGGGAACCAAAGGUCGUCCAACACCGGACAAACACGGAUCUAUUCCUUUGGGACUCGGUACCUCUCGAAGUAGGCAACGUUUGGUCUUGUCGUGCUAGAACGACCCUUACACCCCAGACGACUGGGCUGCACAUGAUGAGCUUCUCGAGUGUCGGUGCUGGGAGAUUUGAAGGUCUCUACAUAGGCUAUCGACACUACCAGCACCUGAAGCUCACUCCCCUCUUCCCUUUCGGCCACGGACUCUCCUAUACUACCUUCACCUACGGGACGCCUACAAUAUCCCACGCGGUUCUCUCCUUCGCCCCAGACUCCAGACUUACAGUCUCCAUUCCUGUAACCAAUAGUGGCUCCGUUCCCGGCACCGGAAUGGUACAGGCAUACAUCCACGACCCGAAGUCACCGUUUGCGAAAGUGUGGCUGCAGCCGGGUAAGACGAAAGAUGCUCUGUUGAGCUUGGACGAGUACCCGGUGGGCUAUUGGGAUACAGAUGCCGGCGAGUGCAUCGUCGAGGAAGGCAUUUUUGAGGUGUUGAUUGGCGCGAGUAGUGCGGAUAUCAGGUACAGUCUCCUCUCAUCUUUGUUUCUUUCGUAA